GAGAGACUGGGAGACUGGGAGACUGGGAGACUGGGAGACGAAGGUGAGGAUCCAGACGAGUAUCAAACCAAAGAUAUAGGAAAUAGAAACCGCAAAUAAAACCCGGCUCCCUCUCUACGCCACCCAAGUGAUAAUAUAUGAGAAAAACGGUACUUUCCUCUCCCCAUUCCCCUUCUCUUCCCCGUCAAUCACUCACUGUCGCUGCGACCGCCCGAUCAAAGGCCACAAGACCUCACCACCACCACAACGCGUCUCAAACCACUGCACGCGAACAUGACGGAAUGAUAUCAAGGAAUGAUAUCAAGGAAUGAAGAAUCGCGAGUGGGAGAAUUGAGAUAUAUAUCAAUUCGCAUUGGUUAUGAGAACUGGGAGCUUGUCAGAGGAGUGUGGGCGCUGUGAUUGGCUGGGAGGACAGGGGAUCGAUUGCGACAUGGAGGAGGGUUGUGAUUGGUGGUGUGGUUUGGGAAAUGGGGACGAGGCUGAGGGAGUUGCGAGGCUGCGGUUGUGAGGAUGAAGAUGAGGAGGAUGGGGAUGGGGAUGAGGAUGGGGAUGAGGAUGGGGAUGAGGAUGGGGAUGAGGAUGGGGAUGAGGAUGGGGAUGAGGAUGGGGAUGAGGAUGGGGAUGAGGAUGGGGAUGAGGAUGGGGAUGAGGAUGGGGAUUCCAGCCAUGGCACCCUCAGAUAG